AUGAAUAAAACUCCUUCAUAAUUAUUUCGAAGCUAAACUUCUUAAAAUCUAAUACAAUCAUAUUCAAAUAAAUAAGGAGAAGAUUGUUCUAAAAAUUCUUAGAUUUAAACUUAACCUAAAGUAAAUAAUUUAUAAUAAUAAUGAGCUUUCAAUAGAAUAAUUAAAAAAUAACUUAACAAAUCGUUAAACUUGUAAUGCUUCUUAAAUGGGGAAUGAAAAUUAAUUAGUUUACCAAUUAUUUGAACUUUAAUAGAAAGUACGCGAUUGUGAGAAAAAAUUCAUAAAAAAAGAAUUGUUUCUGUAGGAAUAGAUACUUUAAGCUUAAAAAAAUUUUGAGAAAAAGUUGAAUUUAACGAAGCUAAAAUAUUAAAUUUAAAUAGAAGAUCUAAAUUCUGAAUUAAAGAUGAAAGAUGAAGAAAUUUAUAGUCUUAAUUUAUAAAUAUAAUCUAGCAGUUUAAAUAAAAUAGGGGAAUAAAUUUUUUUAUCAUUUUAAAAGUAAAAAUCGAUAAAUAGUGAAUACCCUUAUUCUUAAAAUUCGUUAAAAAAGUUUCAAUUUUAAAUGUCAACAAAAUCUUUGAAUUCAAGCAGAAAAGAAAGAGUUGGUAAACAUAAGAAGGAACUAAAUUAGUUUAGAAUGUAGAAAUCUGAAUUUGCAGAUAAAUUUGAAAAUGAGAAACAUAAAAUUGAAUCAGAUUUAGAAAUAUUAAAAAAUAAAAAAUUAAUUCUUUAAGGUUAAUUGGAUUAUAAAAAAAUUAAAAGUUAGGAUCAAUAAAAAUAUAAAUCCAAAACAAAAAUAAAUAAAUAAAGCAGUUCUUCUUCCUUUGGAGAGGAAUAUUUAUCUGUAAAGUGA